CGUCGCUUGUUCAUCUGUGGCAACCAGGGCCAGACGUCUGUCAGGUCGGCAGGACAAGGGCAAGCGUGAGAGAGUCUGAAAGAGAAUACAGCAGCUGCAAGAGCGGAAAGUCAGAAAACUAUCCCGUGCUCAACACUUCAGUUAGUCCAAACUUUCUGUCCUGAAGGGAUAACACGCAGUUGAGUUUCGGGGGAACAGAAAGUAACGUCAAGAUGAUGAUGACCCAGGUGGAAACCACCGUGACCUAUGAUAACGGCUACGAGGAGGAGUACAUGCUCCAGGAGGAUGAAUGGGACAGGGACAUGCUGCUGGACCCUGCCUGGGAGCAGCAGCAGAGGAAAACGUUCACAGCCUGGUGUAACUCCCACCUGAGGAAAGCUGGAACUCAAAUUGAAAAUAUUGAGGAGGACUUCAGGAACGGACUGAAACUCAUGCUGCUUCUGGAAGUCAUCUCAGGAGAGAGGUUACCCAAGCCAGACAGAGGAAAGAUGCGGUUUCAUAAGAUUGCUAACGUCAACAAAGCGCUGGACUUCAUUACAAGCAAAGGGGUAAAACUGGUCUCCAUUGGAGCAGAAGAGAUUGUGGACGGGAAUGUAAAGAUGACUCUUGGAAUGAUCUGGACUAUCAUCCUCCGCUUCGCCAUUCAGGACAUUUCUGUUGAAGAAACAUCUGCCAAGGAAGGCCUCCUUCUGUGGUGUCAGAGAAAGACUGCCCCCUACAGGAAUGUCAACGUCCAAAACUUCCAUGUCAGCUGGAAGGAUGGCCUGGCCUUCUGCGCCCUGAUUCAUAGACACAGACCCGACCUCCUCGACUACUCUAAGCUCAACAAGGAUGAUCCUCUGGGGAACCUGAACCUGGCUUUUGACAUAGCCGAGAAACACCUGGACAUUCCCAAAAUGCUGGACGCUGAAGAUAUCAUCAACACCCCCAAGCCUGAUGAAAGAGCCAUCAUGACCUAUGUGUCCUGCUUUUACCAUGCUUUUGCUGGAGCAGAGCAGGCAGAGACAGCUGCCAACAGGAUCUGUAAGGUUCUGGGUGUAAACCAGGAGAAUGAGAAACUGAUGGAAGAGUAUGAGAGACUGGCCAGUGAGCUGCUGGAGUGGAUCCGCCGCACCACUCCCUGGCUGGAGAACCGGACCCCUGAGAAGACCAUGGCGGAAAUGCAGCGGAAGCUGGAGGACUUCAGGGACUACAGACGCCAGCACAAGCCCCCUAAGGUGCAGGAGAAGUGCCAGUUGGAAAUUAACUUCAACACCCUGCAGACCAAGCUGCGCAUCAGCAAUCGCCCUGCUUUCAUGCCCUCCGAGGGGAAGAUGGUAUCUGACAUAGCCAGUGCAUGGCAGGGACUGGAGCAGGCAGAGAAGGGCUAUGAGGAGUGGCUUCUUACAGAGAUCCGCAGGUUGGAGAGGUUGGACCACUUGGCUGAAAAGUUUCGCCAAAAAGCCACCAAUCAUGAGAACUGGGCCAGCGGUAAAGAAAUGAUCCUCACCCAAAAGGACUAUGAAACAGCCACCCUGACAGAAAUCAAAGCACUGCUUCGGAGACAUGAGGCCUUUGAGAGUGACUUGGCAGCCCACCAGGACAGAGUGGAGCAGAUUGCCGCCAUUGCACAGGAACUAAAUGAGCUGGAUUACCAUGACGUGGCUGCUGUGAACAAGCGCUGCCAGAGCAUCUGUGACUUGUGGGACAGGCUGGGAACUCUGACUCAGAAGAGGAGAGAGGCACUGGAGCGGACAGAUAAACUGCUGGAGACUAUUGAUCAGUUGUUCCUGGAGUUUGCCAAGAGGUCAGCUCCUUUCAACAACUGGAUGGAAGGAGCCAUGGAGGAUCUGCAGGACAUGUUCAUGGUGCAUACUAUUGAAGAAGUCCAGAGUCUAAUCGCAGCUCAUGAGCAGUUCAAAGCUACUCUACCUGAGGCAGAUGCAGAGAGACAGGCCAUCUUGGGAAUCCACAAUGAGGUGCAGAAAAUUUCCCAGAGCUAUGGGAUCAAGGCCAACAUUAUCAACCCCUACAGCACCCUUACAACUGAAGAGCUUCUCAACAAAUGGGAUAAGGUGAAGAAGUUGGUUCCUCAGAGAGAUGGUGCCCUCCAGGAGGAGAUGGCACGCCAGCAUGCCCAUGAAAGGCUGAGACGGCAGUUUGCUGCCCAGGCUAAUCUCAUUGGCCCUUGGAUACAGGCCAGAAUGGAGGAAAUUGGGCGUUGCUCUCUGGAGAUAGGAGGCACUCUGGAAGACCAGAUGACCCAGCUGAAGCAAUUUGAGCAUGUCAUUGUCACUUACAAGCCCAAUGUCGACAAGUUGGAGGGAGACCACCAGUUAAUCCAAGAGUCGCUGGUGUUUGAUAACAAACACACCAAUUACACUAUGGAGCACAUCCGUGUUGGGUGGGAGCUGCUCCUCACAACCAUCGCCCGAACCAUCAAUGAGAUUGAGACCCAGAUCCUUACCCGGGAUGCCAAGGGCAUCAGCCAGCAGCAGAUGAAUGAAUUCAGAUCUUCUUUCAACCACUUUGACCGGAAGAAGAAUGGAGCGAUGGAAACGGAUGACUUCAGAGCCUGCCUCAUCUCUAUGGGUUAUGACUUGGGAGAGGUGGAGUUUGCCCGUAUAAUGAUCCUGGUGGACCCCAAUGGCACUGGAAUUGUCUCCUUCCAAUCUUUCAUUGACUUUAUGACCAGAGAGACUGCUGAUACGGACACUGCCGAGCAGGUUGUGGCAUCCUUCCGGAUCCUGGCAGCUGACAAGCCUUACAUACUAAAGGACGAGCUGAGGAGAGAACUUCCUCCUGAACAGGCAGAAUACUGCAUCGCGAGGAUGCCACCUUACGGCGGCCCUGGAGCACCACCAGGGGCACUGGACUACACUGCCUUCUCCACCGCCCUCUAUGGAGAGAGCGACCUUUAACCCGACUAGAAACCCCUUCAUCUACUGACCUUUUACCUAACAAACCUCUCCCCCUCUGCCUUCUAUCUCUUGAUGAAUUAAAGGAAUCGAUAAUGAAAGGAGGAUCAAAUAUGUUGAAUGAAAUGUGUUUGUGACCAUACCGAGUUUUUGUUGAUUAGUUAGUCUGUCUGCUCAUGCUGAUCAUUGUCAUGUGUCAUGGUCCUACCCUUUUUUCCUCUUGGAUAAAAGAUAUCCCCUAAACAAAUAGAAAUUUCCAUAUUCAAAUUAUAUUGUGAGAAGCAACACAUUGUAGGUUUUAUCUUGUGUGGUAUGAUGUAUCUGCAUCAAAAAUACAGGUCACUCGGAAGUAGCCUACUUGUACAACAAAAAGAUCAUGGUGAUUGAGCAGUUUAUCAGUUGAAGAAAAUACAUACAUAAAAGUCCUGUUUCAUUUAGCACGGUCAUGUAUUGUUUUCUCAUGUUUCCAUGGAGUGCAUUUGUUCUGGGAAUACAAUCUUCUCAUAAGGGAUUUUGAGAUGCACAAAUUGAAUUACAGUACUGCCAUCCGACAAUUAAGUGUAGAAAAUGGGUUCCCAAAAGGCCAAAAAUAUACAGUACCAACAGAAGAAAAAUGGGAAACCACAUUAAUGCAAAAGCAAAUGUUUACAAUUGCUUAGUGCUUUAAAGGUAUAAAACACAUAAGACUAAAUGUGCAGUAGUCAUGAGUUGUGUGAUAAAGAUACUCAGUUUACUAUCAUAUAUGACAUAAAAGCAGCAAAUACUCACAU